AUGCCCGCUUAUUUCUACCACAUCAGCUUUGAAGUCUUGCGCAGCCCACGUUCGUCCAUAUCACCGGCCGCCGCCUCAUCUUUGCCCUUAGAAUCCGCAUGGGAAGCUUUGCUCCCAUUUCAGAGGCGGCCCCGCCAUUCAAGCUCCAGCCCAGCGGCGGGCAGCUCUCAGAGUAAAGCUCACGACAACUCAGUUUCGACAAAAGAUAUCACACUUGAACGACGCCCGAAAGUUUCACUCUCAUCCUCGAUUGAAUAUACUCCCCCAUACAACGCCAGCCGAUCCAACUCUUCGUCUCCCUCCAUCCCACUUCACCCCUCCACUUCUCCGAACCGCCCAUCCGACCUCCAGAACGACGUCCGCUACGGCUCCAUCUCCAUCGAGUGCAUUGACAUGGUAGCUCCUGACGAAGGCCCCGCUAAUCGGGCCCCCAAGCGCGGGAACACAGGACUCCCCGGAGAUCAGGACAACCUUGUCGCUGCAGGCAUCGGCACCGAUAUCCUAGGUGGUCUGCGCACAAAGGGCCAAUAUAUUCCGCUGGACCAGGAACUCAGCGACAGUGUCUGGGGCAUUGUCCAUCUGUACCGCGACGCCCAGGAAACGCCUUACCUCGCUGGCAACGACGACGACUACCCCACCUACCUUAAAGGCUCCGCCGCUGCCGCGCGGCACCCUAGCGAGCAACAGUCCAGGCCAUGGCAUCCCCAACAGGGCGCGGGCGCGGGUGCGAGUCAUAGGCAGGCACGCGGAAAAGGCUCUGGGGAUCCCGCAUCAUAUCCGUUCCCGGUGACGGCAUCGUCCUCGGCGCGGAGUGAGGAGGAUUGCUCGACGCUGUGUAUUUUGGCAGUGCCGUCGUAUCUAUCACCGUCGGACUUUCUGGGCUUUGUGGGGGAGAGCUCAAUGGAUGAGAUUAGCCAUUUUCGCAUGAUUCGGACGUCUCGUGCGAAUCGGUAUAUGGUUUUGUUGAAGUUUCGCAGCGGAAAGAAGGCAAAGGAAUGGCAGAAGGAGUGGAAUGGGAAAGUGUUUAAUAGCAUGGAGCCGGAAACCUGUCAUGUGGUGUUUGUGAAAUCAGUUGAAAUCCAGGUUGUCGAGCCAGACUCUCCGCCUGCCUUUUCUUCCGCUGAUGCUGGCGCGCUUUCACCCUCUCACAAGCAUUCCGUAUCAUCUGCCGGACAAGCGACUCUUUCUUCGAAACCUCUAGCACCGCCUACUCCAGCCCUCAUCGAACUCCCGACCUGUCCCGUUUGCCUUGAGCGAAUGGACGAGACGACAGGUCUCUUAACAAUUAUCUGCCAACAUGUUUUCCAUUGCACAUGUCUCCAAAAAUGGAAAGGAAGCGGCUGUCCCGUGUGCCGUUAUACACAAGAUGACUUCCGCAAAGGCGGCAUGGCCGCAGACUCCGACGAAGACCCCGCCGAGUGCAGCGUCUGCCACUCUGAGCUGAACCUUUGGGCAUGUCUGAUCUGCGGGAGCGUUGGGUGCGGCCGCUACGACGGCGCGCACGCCUUUGACCACUGGAAACAGACCGCGCAUGCCUUCGCCAUGGAUCUGACCUCGCAGCGCGUGUGGGACUAUGUCGGCGACGCAUACGUGCAUCGCAUUAUCCAGAGCAAAUCCGACGGCAAGCUCGUCGAGCUGCCGGCCGCCGACAACAGCGCCCUUGACCCGCCCGACUGGGCUGACGCCGUGCCCCGCGAGAAGCUCGAGAACAUGAGCGUUGAGUACACCCACCUCCUGACCAGCCAGUUGGAAAGCCAGCGCGCCUACUUCGAGGAGGUCGUCGAACGCGCCGCGGACAAGGCAUCGCAGGCCGGUGCCGCCGCGGCCGCCGCAGAAAAAGCCGCCCACACAGCGGCUACCUCGCUGGCAGACCUGCAAGCACGAUUUGAUGCGCUAUCAUCGGAGACGAUUCCCACGCUGGAGCGGGACCGCACGCGGCUGGAGAAGCGGGCGGAGAAAUUCGAGGCGCUGGCGCGCCGGAUGGAGAAGGAUUACCGGGAAGAGAAGACGAUGAACCAGAGUCUGAUGGAGAAGCUGGAUCAUCUUACAGAAGAGAAUAGGACGCUGAAGGCGGAAACUGCGGAUUUGCAAGAGCAGAAUCGCGACUUGACGUUCUUUAUUAGCGGUUCUCAGCGCCUACAGGGACAGAGUGAAGACAUUGUACAGGGUGUGGUGAGUGUGCCAGAGCCGGAAACUAAGAAGAAAAAGAAUAAGGGGAAGGGGAGGAAGUAG